AUGUUUUUUACGACACCAAUAAUUUCUGUGGUAUUAGUGUGGACGAUUUCACGAGCCUGUUAUGCCAGCGAAGAGAUUAAUGAUGGAAACGCACUUGGAGGCGGCUUUCUUGUGCCGCGAGAAAUUCGUGAAAGUGAGGAAUUUUUUUUACAACAACUGAUGGGGCAACUAAAACCGCAUUUUAAACGUAAUUAUGAACCAGAACUAAUCAGCCAACUAAAACCACAUUUCAAACGAAGUAACGAAAAUCUGUUAUUGCAAGAACUGAGUCCACAUUUUAAACGAAACUAUGGUCACGAUCUGGUCGAGAAACUUCAGCCGCAUUUCAAACGGGAUUACGAUUAUCUGAUUGAUCAACUUAAACCACAUUUCAAACGAACCGUUGACAAUCUCAGCGGUUCAUCUGGGUAA